CAUUUAUCAGGGGCAUUUUUGGUAAAUAAGUAACCCUCUUACGCUAUUCGCUUACGUUCUACCCUGUCGUUCCCCUCUCUCAUAUAUAUGAAACCCUUCACUUCUCUUCUUUGGAUUUGGAUACAUACAAAGAAAAAGAAGAAUCACACACCUAAAAACCCUGCAACAUCCACACACACACACAUAUAGAGAGAGAGGGUGUGAGAUGAGAACAAGAAGAGGGCACUGUUAUCCCAAAGUGAAUAUGAUGAAUGAGAGAGAGACGAAAAGAAGAAGGAGAACGCAUUUCACCGGAGAGCAAAUGGGCUACCGGAAAAGAUUAAAGGGUUCCCCUGAAUCCAGAGGAGAGUCUGAUUUCUUCGAUGCCUUGCCUGAUGAUCUCGUCCUCUGUAUUCUCUGUAAACUCAGCUCCACUGCUUCCUGCCCUGCAGAUUUCAUUAACUUCUUGAUAACAUGCAGAAGAUUUAAUGGGUUAGGCCUCCAUUCAUUAGUGUUAUCCAAAGCCUGUGAGAAAAUGGUAGCGGUCAAAGCUAAGAACUGGUCUGAAUCAACUCACCGAUUUCUCAAACUCUGUGCCGAUUCUGGGAAUAUUGAAGCCUGUUACACUCUCGGCAUGAUUCGAUUUUAUUGUCUGCGGAACCGAGGAAGCGGUGCGUCUUUAAUAGCCAAGGCGGCGAUUAGUUCUUACGCGGCGGCGCUGUAUUCGCUCGCCGUCAUUCAGUUCAACGGUAGCGGCGGCUCGAAAAACGACAAGGAUCUGAGAGCUGGUGUUGCGCUCUGCGCACGGGCCGCUUUCUUGGGGCAUGUCGACGCGCUUAGAGAGCUCGGCCACUGCCUGCAAGACGGUUAUGGAGUGAAGCAGAACAUCGCCGAUGGGCGCCGAUUUCUCGUCCAAGCCAACGCGAGGGAGCUAGCCGCCGUCUUGGCCACGCCUGCUCCUGACGCCGGCUCGUGGCUUACUUGGAAUCCCCUGCUGCCUCAGCGCCACGUGGCGGUCGCAGGAUGCCCUUUGUUUAGUGAUUUCGGGUGUAAUGUUCCGGCGCCUGUGACUCAUCCGGUAAAUCGAUUUUUAUCCGACUGGUUCUCGGGGUGCGAAGGGAGUCCGGGUCCGGGGCUCCGGUUGUGCUCUCAUUCGGGUUGUGGAAGGCCCGAGACUAGGAGGCAUGAGUUUCGACGGUGCUCUGUGUGCGGAGCAGUGAACUAUUGCUCCCGCGCUUGUCAGGCGCUGGAUUGGAAGCUCCGCCACAAGACGGAGUGCGCUGGCGCAGAGAGGUGGCUGGAUGACGCCGGCGAAAUUGAAGCUAACGGAAUUGACAUAAACAUUGACGGCGACGGGAAUGCUGUGGAGGGAAUGGAGAAUUAACUGGGGGGCAGCUGAGUUUUCGAAAAUGAGGGAUGAAAAUGAAAAUUGAGGCCAAAUUUUGGGAUCAAAAUUAAUUACAUCUUUUGUUGUGGUCAAUAGUGUCCCCUUUUUGUAGAAUAUACACAGCUCGUGGCUUACGUGGAAUCCUCAAUUUAAGCUUUUUCUUCUUUUCUUCUUUUUUUUUAAAGUCACUUACUAGUUACAUAUGACAUGAUGAUGGCUUCACUUUGGUUUGUGUUCAAAAAGGGUGACCUAAUCAUAUGAGGGGUUUCAUUUUGUAGCU